GCUUCUCUUUUGUGUCUGACAUGCUCGUAUUUUUGUCAUUAAUAUUAACGCAAUAAGAAGAAAUUUUUAAAAUCUUAUGAAGAAAUAUCAGUCGUAAAUUUAAAUAAAUAUAUUUAAAUGUAAUAAUUAAAAUUUACAGUGAAAAUUAAAACGUUUGCAUGAAAAAAAAAAUUUAUCAGCAAGUAUUGGAGUAAUUUCUGGUAAAUCCGCCAUAGUUUUCAUAUAUAUUAUAUAUUUUUCGAGAUUACGACGUACGAAUGUGAACAUCCGGUAUGGAAUAAUUUUUUUACAAACACCAUCAUCACGAGCUUUUGAUCAUCAGUUUGACGUCAAGUCAAAUGUUAAAUAAAUAUAUACACAUAUAUACAAAAUAUUUGUGAGUGAUUUUGAAUUUAAUUUGAAUGUUAAUAAGAUAAAUUCCCAUGGGAUAAAUUCAAAAAUCUCCAUUCUGGUAUAGACUUUUUUCUAGAACGUUACUUGUGUCGAUAAUAAAACUGACAGUUUAUCUGCUCGGUAUAUAUUUUGAAAGUUAUUUGGGAGUGGCAGUAUUUACAAUAUAUAUAUAUAUAUAUAGAUCUGCGUGAAAUUAUUGAAUGACAUUUAAAAUAAUUAAUAAGACGAUAAAUAAAAUAUAAUUAUUUAUAUUCGUCAACAAGAUAAGACAUUAAUCAAGAGGACUGCGGUAUCAAACCCAGACGAGUGACAAACAACCUGCUGACAACUGUCUGGUAUAUUAUUGUGAUGCGGAUUUAUUUACUGACAAGAGUCUAGAGUAAUUAACUCGAGACGGAGAGGAUGCCGGUUAAAGUUGACGUCGUUCCGCCGCCACCAGCAAAUUCAAAACAACCAGGAGUCACUAAGUCUCUCCUGUACAAUGGCUCCAGGUUCCAAGGCUCGCAGAAGUCCAAAGGCAACAGCUACGAUGUUGAAGUAGUUUUGCAGCAUGUUGAUGAAGAAAACAGCUACUUGUGUGGAUACCUGAAAAUAAAAGGUCUGACGGAAGAAUUUCCGACGCUUACGACAUUUUUCGAUGGAGAAAUAAUCUCGAAAAAGUAUCCCUUUCUCACGAGAAAGUGGGAUGCUGAUGAAGAUGUUGAUAAAAAACAUUGGAGUAAAUUUGAAUCUUUUUGUCAAUACGCAAAGACUUUUAACUCUGACACAUUUGACUACGAAGCACUCAAAGGAACUGAUUUCGUUUUUAUGAGAUGGAAGGAACACUUUUUAGUUCCAGAUCACACAAUUAAGGACAUUAACGGAGCAUCUUUUGCUGGAUUUUAUUAUAUUUGUUUUGAAAAGUCUGCAGCCUCUAUUGAGGGUUAUUAUUAUCAUCGAAGUUCUGAAUGGUAUCAGUCUUUAAAUUUGAGACACGUCCCAGAACACAGUAUACAGAUAUACGAAUUCAGGUGAAACUGAUGCAUGAAACUGCAACGACAACAUCUUUUUAUGUUUUCUGUCUUAUUUUUUUUAAGCAAACAGAUCUCAUUAUAUUAAAAUUAAAAAAACUUUAACGCUAAGAUUCAAUUGACAAAAUUAAUUCCUUUGGUUCAAAACCUUUGUUACGAAUAAAUUAUUGAUGAUAAUUUCAAAAAAGUUAUAAUUUAAAAUAAAUAUUUAUAUUGACAAUGUUUUAUAUCAGAGAACAGAAAAAAAUCGUGAUAUUGAUGAGGAAUUUUGUGCCUCGACGCGUAAUACGCCACUGUAAUUAUAAACUGUAAGAAAUUUUAUUAUUUUAAUAAAUUGAUUAAUGUUUUUUCAUAUAUAUUUUAUUACUUUAUUUUAUUUUAUUUUUUGUACGUCGAUUUAAAUUAUAUUGUCAAGUCAUACCCGAUUUAUUUAUUUGUUUAUCAAUCAUGCGAUCUGUUUGCUUUUUUUUAUGUCUAUUAAUAAUAAAUAUACAGAGUAAUUAUUUUACGAUAGAUAAGAACAGCGCAAGAGUACCUUCAUCAAUAAUUUACGUACCAGUUGAAACAAAGUACUAAUAUACUCUCAUUUACUCUACAUACUAUUAUAUUUUUGAGUAUUUUUUUUUUACGAUAUUUAAAAUUUAUAAAUUAGUCGGCCAAAUUUAAAAAAAUAUUUAUAUAUAUAUAUGUAUGUAUGUACUUGCUCAGAGGAUUAUUUCAUGUUAAAUUUAAAAUUUCAUUUAUGUUAUUUAAUUAAUAAUAAUUAUUGUGUAUUAAAUUUUUAUAUAUAUACAUAAAUUAUUAAUAACUAAAAAAAAAUAUGUUACAUUAUUAAAUUUUGAAUAUGCGCAUAUAUUAAUUUGUUUGCUAUAAUUAAGGGUAUGCUCAGACAGUGUCUCCCACUUUUUAAAAAUAUGCAAUUACUCAUAACUGUAUUAAAAUUUUGAUAAUUAAUUUUUAAAAAAAUUAAAGCAGUAAUUAAAAAAAAGAGAACGCAGUUGCGAUUUUGCUGAGUUAUAGAUUUUUAAAUAAAUUAUUUACAGUUGGGAGUUAAAGGAAAUUUGAAAAAUAAAUUUCAGUACAAUCUUUAAGUCAAUUCUAUAAUUCGAAUUUUCAAAUUUCGUAGGCUACAAUUUAUUUGAAAAAUUUUAUUUAACUCCUAAUUGAUAACUGUAAUUUUGUUUUUAAAUCUGUCUCGAAAAAGUGUAACUGCAUUGUAAUUUUUUAAAUUUACGCUUUAAUUUUUUUGAAAUUAAUUAAUAAAAUUUUCAUACUGUUCUACAGUUCAUUGAAUAUUUUCAAAAAGUGGGGGGAGCUGUCUGAGAAUGUCUUUAAUUAAUUGAUAAAAUUUUAAUACGCUUAUGACAGCUGUCAUUGAAAAUUUUUAAAAAGUGGGGGCACUGUCUAAAAAUGGCUUCAAGACUGGGCAGUACUGACCGAACUUUCUAAUUGCAUAUUGAAUAAUCACUUGAAUGAUAAAAAAAAUCCCGCGAAAAAUUUUGUCUUUCAAAUUUCUUCGACCCAUAACAAAUUACUGUAGUAAAAAUUAGUCAGCAAAUUAAAAGAAAAGUGAAAUUAGAAAACUCAGUUAGUACGGCCGAGUCUUAACAGCAUGCAGAGGAAAAACUACUGCAUAAUACAGCAAUUAUUGUGAUAUUCAGCCCUAAUUAAAAAGGUACUUAAGAACGCGUUAAUUAAAUGAACUUGACGAUAGAAUAAAUAUCAAGUUUUUGGUAGCUCAUUUGCUUUUUAUAGCUUAUAUUUAAAUACUACGUGAUAAUAUGACAUGACAUUAUUUCUAGUCUAAUAAUCAUAAUAUAGAAUACAAAAGCAAUCGGUUAUAAUAUUAAAUAACUUCUUCCUUAUUUGAAUAUUAUCAUUGUCAUCAUCAUCAUUAUUAUUAUUAAUUUUAAUGAUAAUAUUUAAAUAAAAAUAAUUAUC